GCCUGAGUGAGUUGGUGAAAACAGAUGUAGCUGUAGUUGUUGAGAGACUUUCUCAAGUUCAUGAACUGAGCAGCGGAGACGCUUGGAGUGAGUCACGCUACGUGAAAUGUAAAGCUGUACGCGCCAAAAGUUGGAUGACGGUCUUAUCCUGAAACCAUAAAUAGGCCGGUUUUCAGUUUCACGACUGGUUGUCCGGAGUUCAGGUCACGGAGGGAGUUCCUGGUAAAGCAAUGGCAUUUCUCCAUCUUUCUGCGUUUAGAGCUUCCUCCCGCGCAGCGAUUCCGCUGCCCACUACUGCUUCUUCACGUCCGUCGUCGCCCGCCGUCCAAAUCCGUGCUUUGAACAGAUUCGACAACUGGGUCGAUGAUUUUAGGUCCAAGUCGUUGAGUUUGGUGCUUUCGGGAGCUCUCACUCUCGGCCUCUCUCUUUCAGGGGUGGGUAUUGCGGAAGCAAAAGUAGGAGUUAACAAGCCAGAAUUGCUUCCGAAGGAGUUCACUACUGUCAUAGAUGUCGCCGGAUUCCUUUCCGAUGGCCAGGAGAGAAGACUUACUCAGGAGAUUGCUGAGAUUGAAAAGGAGACUGGAUUCAAGUUGAGAGUUCUAGCUCAAAAUUAUCCAGACACUCCAGGGCUGGCGAUCAGAGAUUUCUGGCAAGUGGAUGAUAGGACUGUCGUCUUCGUUGCUGAUCCAACGUUUGGAAAUAUUCUCAAUUUUAACGUUGGUGCUUCUGUUGAUCUGGACAUCCCACGGAGCUUCUGGAGCCGGCUGGCCGGGAAAUAUGGCAAUAUUUUUUACUGGAAAGAGAAGGGCGAAGAUGCAUCUAUUGAAGCUGCUGUGAUGGCAAUAUCCAGUUGCUUGAGAGAGCCUGUAGGCGCAAACAACUGCUCUGAAGUCAAAUAAGAUGAUACUCACUUGAUAAAAACGGCGGGAUAGAUGUCAGGAGAAAGGGCGCAGGUUAUUAUAAAUUUAGAUCUUCCUUCGUCUCCUGAUUUUGUGUGUUUGUAAUAUGGAGGAUAAUGCAAUGAUAACUGAAAUUGCUGGUCCUGCUUCAGCUAUAUUCAUUGUUGCUAUUUAUGGGCUCAAAACUAUUAACGCUGUGGUACUGUGCAAAACCAAAGCUGCUUGUGGCUGAGUCUCUGCAAAAGAGCUGGAAAUGCGCAACUGAAAUGUUAUUAUAUUUUUACUACUUGGUACAUGAUGUCCUGAACAUUUGGCCGUAAAUGAAGUUCUACAAGUCAUCCAAGCAUUAUAACCAAAUGGAAACUAGUUAGAAUGGUUAGUAUCUCUCAGCAACAAGAAACCAACCAAAAUUGUCUGGGAUAAACUGCUGUUCAGACAAGAAAGCUGGCAAAUCUUCUCAUACAAUGCAGUAAUAUAUAUAUCUUUAUUAUUAUUACUUAUAUCUUCUACCAUUCUGUACUUGCUCUUCUCACUUUCCCUCCAUGUAGAACCCUCUGAAGCUCCUCAGGAUGACAAGGCACUGCAAGAACACCUUCCUGGCCGAAACCAAAUUCAUCCUCAGCCUGUUCCAGCAAUUCAAGAAACUCUGGAUCAUUCAAGUCAUCCAACUCCACAACAAACCUAGUUGUUUUCCCACCUUUGGUUGCAGUCACGGCAAACUGCCCUUUCUUCACAUCGUUGGGAGGCAAUUUCCCAGCAUCUUUGUCUUCUUCGUCGAGCUCAGGAAUGCUUUUCAGCCUCUGCCCUCCUCUGGAUCCCAUCACCAAGAGACCCCUUUGCAGUUUUCUUGUGAAAAGCUUGAGCAUCAUCAAGCUUCGGAGGCUUUCAUCCCUGUUAAACAUGGCGGUUAAGAUUCAAUAUCUGUGAAUCCAAAGGUACGCGAUCUUAAUUUGGGUUUCUUUGCUUUCUCUGUAUUUGAUGAGAUGAGAUUUGGGAGAGGGUGAUGGGGAAGUAUAUACUGGAAGCCGGUCCUGAGGCUGGGAAACAUGGAUGAAACUUCUGAAGAACACAUGGGACCAUAUUGAUUUAGAUGCAACAUUGGUGACAUUUAAUGUCAUAAAUUGAUAGCUCAAUCCCACAGGCCAUUUUCUGUGGGACUUGACACAGUGGGGCUCUCUGAAAGACACGUUUUACGGUGGACAGAGAUUAUGUUGCUUCAAUUGUGUGGUUUUUUCAUCAUCCAUGGCUUGGGUAGUGGUUUCUUGUUAGUUAUCAACCAAGAAUCCGACUUCCCUAUCUGGUAAAAGUAAAGUAUGUCAUUCAUCCAUGCAUUCGUUCAUUCACCAUGGCUUGAGAUGAAUAACCUGACUCAAAGCUGCAUUUAUUAAUCCGGUUGAACUGAGGAUUUAGCCUAUAGGUGACUUGACUCUUUCUUUGGCUGCUAGGCGAACCUAAUAAUCAUGGCAGGCCCUGCAGAAACUGCCAUGAAGAUAUUUCCUCUGCUACUUGGUUCAUUUGUUGCCUUGAUAUGUCAAUUCUAAACAGAACAAGGCCGACUUUCUCUUUAAUCGACUAGUAGAAGCAGAACGCGGUUUGCAAAUUGCUCCUCUUGCCAGAAAAAAACCAACCUUCAUCUUCUCCAUCCACUCGUUUCUUUCUUUUCAUCGCAUGGCCUGAUGAGAUACUUUUGCUAUGAUAUUUUUCUGACCUUUCUUUUUCUUCCUUGUCGUUGAGAGUGUUGCAGGUUACAAUGUAUGCUGCACUUUGGUACGCAUUCUGGUACAAAUUGGGACACGGUUGGAACCUUGCAAGGGGAUGCAUAUGGGUAAAGCGGAUUGAAGCUGGUACAUAACCAUCGCGGGGGAGCGGAUUAAACUUUUUUUUUUUUACUAUUGCCUAACAGUGUGUUAUAAAAUGAUAAUUACAAAAUAGGACUUUGCUACGGUGAUUUUUAGCUCAUCGUAAAUUGGAGAAAACGGUUUAUGUUUUCCACUGAAAGGUUUAUCACUUUCCAAAAAAUUGGUCUAUUACUUCCACCAAUGGUCUAUCUAUUCCAUCAAGCGGUCCACUGCUUCCAACAAUCGGAUGACCUGAUGAAUUGCUAACGACAUCAUCAUAUAUAAUUAGGGGAGUCCAAUAUUAAUAGAUAUGUUUGUUGGUAAGAGAGUUAAAAUUAGUACAAAAAUUGGCGUAUAGAUGAGAAGUUUUUUGGUGAUUGUUCUCUCGUAGAUUUGUGAAAUGUUGUGCCUAUUUAUUUCUUAGAUUGGACUUAUUCUAUAAAGACUCGUCUUUCUUUCACUAAGUUUGCUUGUUUUAAUCCUAAGUUGUCCUGUGAUAGAUCAAUUUUGUUUCUUUUAUUGUUUUGAAUAUGCUUAUAAAUUAAAGUAUACUUGUUAUAUAAUUGUGUCAUCUUCAACAUCCAUAAAUCUCAUAUCAUCUUACUUUUAUGGGGUUUUAUUCCAUAAGUGUAAAAGAGGGUGUUAUUUCUUUUUGUCUAGGCCUAUAAUAUGGGUAGAGAUUUGGUUGCACACGGGUGAUAGGAUGUUGUAUUACUAUAAGACAAUUUCCUAUUGUAGGCCUUCUAUAGUCCAUUAUUAUCGCAAUGUAAAUAAAAGGUAACAGUGUCAUCUGGUCGGCCGUUUGCCAGAAGCAUUAGAUCGUUCUCUCGAAGCAGUAGACCAUUUGGCGAAAGCGGUCUGCCGCUUCCUACAAGUGAGUGUAUGUUGAAAGUAAGUGUGUUAUUAGGUCGAUCACUUGCCAAAAGCGGUAAACCGUUUGCCUGAGACCAUUUGAUGUAAGCGGUAGACCAUUUUCUUGAAAAGUGAUCGACCUUUUUGUCGAAGAGGUAGACCAUUUUGUUGAGAAGUGGUCAAUCGUUUUGUGGAAGAGGUAGACUGUUUUCUCCAAGUCAUGAUAGGCAUUCCCUCAAAAAUAAUAUGUAACUUUUUUUUUACAAAUGUAUGCAACACAUUUCAGCCUUCAUUCAAAACCAAUAAGCGUUUGAAAAUCUCUUGAAGAUCAUACAAAAUCCAAUGAUGGAGUGUAGGAUCGGAAAUCAAAAUAGCAUCAAAACCAAAUGAUAACGAACAACCUCGAUUUAUGACUCAUUCCUAACUACACAAUUAAAUCUCGAAUAAAGCCCAAGUGCAAAC